AUGGAAGAAAAGUUAAAUGAAAUGGAACAAGCUGGUAUCAUCACAAGGACAUCAACGCCUUACAGUAGUCCAUUGACAUUCACUCUUAAAAAAGACGGCUCAAUUAGAGUUCUGCUUGAUGCCAGAGGCAUAAAUAAGAAAAUGGUUGCAGAAACAGAGAAACCACCUAUACAAUUAGAUGUUUUGAAUUCAUUUCACGGAGCGAAUUAUAUCACUACCAUUGACUUAAAUAAUGCAUAUUUUCAAAUUCCGAUAAAUAAAGAUGGUAGAAAAUAUACUGGAUUCACAUUCAAUGGAAAGUCAUAUGUAUAUAAUGUUUUGCCGCAAGGAUUAAAAACAUCAGUAGGAAGCUUUAGCAGAGCCAUGAAUUUAAUAUUAGGACCAGGAGUCCAAGAAUUUUGUGUGAACUAUUUAGAUGAUCUAGCCAUUAUUACAACAGGAACGUUAGAUAAACAUUUGGAGCACAUUGAUAUUGUUUUAAGUAAAUUGAACAAAGCUGGCUUAACGUGUAACUUGCAGAAAUGUGAAUUUAUUUGUAAAGAAAUUAAAAUGCUGGGUUUUAUAAUUUCAACAGAAGGCAUAAAGACAGAUCCCGAUAAGAUUCGAGCGAUCCAAGAGUUUCCAGCACCUAAAAAGAUUAAACAAUUAAGGGCCUUUUUAGGUCUAUGCAAUUUUUAUAGAAGGUUUAUACCAAAUUACAGCGAGAGCAUAAUACCGCUCUGUGAAUUACUUAAAAAGGGACGAAAGUUCCAAUGGAGCGGUAAAGAACAGAAGGCAUUUGAUUUUAUAAAACAACAAUUUAUUAAUACAAUACAAUUGCAUCAUCCAGACUUUAAUAAGCCGUAUUAUUUACAAACAGAUUGUUCCGGUGUGGGUAUGGCCGGAGUACUAUAUCAGAUAGAUGAUAAUAAUGAAAUGAGAAUUUUAGGCUAUUAUAGUAAAGCCUUAAAAGGCCCCGAAUUAAAUUGGUCUGUUACUGAACAAGAGUUUUAUGCUGUAAUAAGCUGCCUAAAGAAAUUUGAAACAUAUUUGCGGGGCAGUAAAGUAAUAAUACUAACUGAUCAUAAAGCAUUAUUGUUUAUUAAUAAUAUGAAGUUAUUCAAUGGUAGAGUAACCCGAUGGAUUUUGUAUAUAGAACAAUUUAAUUAUGAAGUACAGCAUAUAUCGGGUAGACGUAAUAUUGUUGCAGAUGUGCUAUCACGUUAUCCUCCUGAUGGCGAUUUAAUACAAGAGGAUAAAAAUAAUAGUUUAGAAAUUGCUUACACAGAGAGCGAACCGAAUAUUGAGUUGAUAGAAAAAUUAAAAUCCUUAUCAGUAUAUCAAUUACAAGAUUCAGAGUCGUUGGCUAUUAUUAAAAAGUUAAAGACAUUAAAUACUUCCACAAUAAAACAAAACAAUAAAUUUAAAAGGUAUAGUUUGAAAAAUGAUGUAUUAUAUUACAAAACGAAUUUACAAGAAGUAAUAUAUUUACCUAAAGCAUUGAGACAAGAUAUUAUAAAUCAAGUGCAUGUCGAAAUGGGUCAUCAAGGACCCUAUAAGUUAUCUAAGAAAAGCAAUAUAACAUAUGUGGGUCCCUGCAAAUCUAUAAUAACAGAAAACAUUGGCGAUAUAGUCAUGGCAGACUUAUAUGGACCGCUUGUAUCAGGUACCUUUGGGUACACUUUCAUAUUUGUCAUUCAAGAUUCAUUCAGUAAAUUUAUCAAAUUAUAUCCUUUAAAACAGUCAACAGCAAAGUCUGUUGUAACAAAAGUAAAGCAUUUUGUUGAGAUUAUAAAGCCCAAGGCAAUAAUGACAGAUAAUGGAAAACAGUUCGUAAGUAAUCACUGGAAACAAUCAAUGAGUGAAUUAAAUAUAAAGCCAAUAUAUACCACAGUUAGAAAUCCUAGACCAAAUACAACAGAGCGAGUAAAUAAAGAGUUAAGCAGAUUAUUUAGGACGCUUUGUCAUACUAACCACAAAGAUUGGGCGUUAAUAUUGCCGAAAUUAGAAGAAUUGUAUAAUAAUUCUUAUCACAAUAGUACAGGCUUCACGCCUUGUGAGAUUCUUUAUGGUGAGUCUAAUGAGAUGUCUUUUGACAAAGUAAUUUCCAAAAGUAAAGACAAACAUAAUGUCGAACAAAUUAGACAACAAGUGCGUAAAAAUUUAAAAGAGGCAAGUCGAAUAAGAAACACAAAAUUUGAUAAGCGAAAUAGAUUAAUAAAAUAUAAUAUUGGUGACUUAGUAAAAAUUUCAAGAUAUAGUAGAUCAGACGCUGAUAAUAAAGUUAUGAGUAAGUUUAAUUUGGCAUAUGAAGGACCUUAUGUAAUAGCAGCCGUACCAUUUGACAAUGUAUAUACCUUAGCAAAUCCAGAGACAAACGAAAUUAGAGGAAUUUUCAAUGCUAUUCACUUAUUAAAAUAUUUUAAAUAA